CAAGUCACAGGGCAAAGUAACUCGCGGCAGAGCCGUCAGCAGCCCGCGGCAGCAUGUCCGGCACCAAAUACGUAGACUCGGAGGGCUUUCUGUACACGGCGCCCGUCCGGGAGCAGGGCAACAUCUACAAGCCCAACAACAAGAUGAUGGCUGAUGAGCUGAGCGAAAAGGCGGUGCACGACGUGCACACCAAAGAGAUCGACCUGGUCAACCGAGACCCCAAGCACCUCAACGACGACGUGGUUAAGAUUGAUUUUGAAGAUGUGAUUGCUGAGCCAGAGGGAACACACAGCUUUGAUGGGAUUUGGAAGGCCAGUUUUACCACCUUCACUGUAACGAAAUACUGGUUUUACCGUUUACUGUCAGCAAUCUUUGGUAUUCCUAUGGCUCUCAUCUGGGGCAUCUACUUUGCCAUUUUGUCCUUCCUGCACAUCUGGGCGGUGGUGCCGUGCAUAAGGAGCUACCUGAUUGAGAUCCAGUGCAUUAGCCGUGUCUAUUCCAUCUGCAUCCACACGUUCUGCGACCCGCUCUUUGAGGCCAUAGGCAGAGUGUUCAGCAGCAUCCGAGCCACAGUACGGAAAGAGAUCUGAGGGACAAUUCAAGGAGAGCCAUCAGCCUAGGAAGGGGGUGAAGGUUUUGUGUUUUUUGGAGUGUUUUGGUGCCAGUUUUGUGUUUCCCAAAGCAACAUACAGCAACUGGUGGUGGACUGGCCCAAAACAAAGAAUCACUUGCUCAGUUUCUUUUUCUACUGUUCAUCUGUUCAUUCUUACUGGAUUACUUGCCCUUUUUUUUUUUUUCUCCUUUCUUUUGCCUUCCCCCCCCCACCCCCUUUGGUCUGCAUUUUAAACUAACCUUAAAGGGCUGUUCUUCCAUGCCAGCUGCAUAUUAUUUUGCUGGCUGUUCAAUUCAGAGAUUGAAGUGUUGUUGGAUGCCUUUUUAUCUUACCCUUCAUUCCUUGUGAGAUAAAUCCACAGUGAUACUGAAGAAUGACAAAAAUGCUUUCCAACACUAUAAAGCCAUUCAUUUUAUUGUGGCUAAAGAGUGCAGAGCUAUCACAGCAGAAUGAACGUGACCAGCUGGCAGGUUUUAGCAGAAUGUUCUUUUUCAAUUGGAUUGUCAGUUGACUGCAGCUAUUUACAGUCGUGGUCAGAUAUUGUGCAGUAUGAUAAAUUAGUUAAGUAAACAUAUUACUGAACUAGCAUAUGUCCUGAAAAUUUAACAUUUUGUCAGGCUGGAGACAUUGACAUGUAAAAGCUUUGGUCGGUGCCUUUCUGUCUCAUUCUGUCUCGGAAGUUUGCAUCCAGUCAUUUCUCAACCUUUGCUAGGAUUGCAGAAACAAACUGCAGUUGAGAGCUAAAACUGGUCAUUACAGAAAUGUUUUCCUGACUGUGACUUAUGACACAUCCCUUAGCAAGCAUUUAGGUGCUUAUCUCAUUGGCAUCUGGGGUAUUUUUGCAAAGUAUUAAUAUAAAUACACACUGCAGGUAUGCCGGAGAUAAUCCUGAGUUAAAAGGAAAAUGAAGGAGUGGCAAAUAAGCCACAGGAGGCCAGGGAGGAGCUGCCCCUGCCAGAAACUUUUCUACAGCUUUCAAAACUUCCCUAUCAGCAGAGGUCAGCCUGCCACUAGCACGGAGAUCGUUUUCAGGAUGCUUUGCUGAGUCUAAAUUUAUCCAUCACAAGAGAUGCUUUAGAAUCUUCACAUUUGUGUGUUGCUUUGUUCAUUUUUAGCUGAGCUGCCACAUCAGGAAGUCUUAAACAGAGGGUGUUGUGUGAAACUAGUGUAUUGCAAAGUGGAAGGCCUCAGCAGUGGGGCCUUUGCGACCUGUUCUGAUGCUGUGACCUGCAAGAGCUUUUUGCCCUCAUGACAGUACUGUGUUCAGAGAUGCUCUCUGCAUCCUCAUUGGUUUGUGUGAAGCAUUUGUAAAAAUAGUUGUGAGGCUAAUCAGCUUUAUUGUAAACCAAGCUGGGGUCUGAGCCUGCUCCAGCUGGAAUCUCUGGCAAACCAGUUCGUGACAUGCAGGAGUGCAAACUUCAUCCCUUGGGGUGAACAUGGAGCUGUCUGGUACACCUACAGCUUUUUUUUAUUUACUGCUGAUAUUUCACAUAUUGCUUUACCUAACAUGGAAGUGCCUUCCAUUCUCUUUCUGCCAAAGCAUUGAAAACUUUAGGAAA